AUGAGAAACGACUAUGCAGAUUUAAAGAAAGAAGUAGAGAAACCAGCAGAAGAUAAAAUGAACAUGUUAGAAUUUCUGAACAAAAACUAUCCAACAGCAGAAGAUUUCCUUCUAUCUGACGUCAAGAAGAAAUAUAAAGAAACUUUCGGCAUAGUUAAAACAUUCGAUAUCCUCAGCGAAGAAAUAGAGGCUACAAAACUGUUUAAAGUCUCACGAAUUCAUAACGUUUACCAUGUAAAACGCUUAUAA